AUGGGGACAACAAGCGAUGAGCUGGUUUCUGUGGAGCAGCCCUCCUCCUUAAACCCGCUGUGUUUUGAGUGCGGCCAGCAGCACUGGACAAAAGAGAACCACUUAUACAACUACCAGAAUGAAGUGGAUGAUGAUCUCGUCUGCCACAUCUGCCUUCAGCCUCUACUGCAGCCCCUGGAUACACCCUGUGGUCACACCUUCUGCUACAAGUGCCUCAGAAACUUUUUACAGGAGAAGGACUUUUGUCCCCUAGACCGCACAAGACUUCACUUUAAGCUGUGUAAGAAAUCUAGCAUUCUUGUCCAUAAACUUCUAGACAAAUUACUAGUUCUGUGCCCGUUUUCGUCAGCAUGCCAAGACGUCAUGCAGCGCUGUGACCUAGAGGCACAUCUGAAAAACAGGUGUCCUGGAGCUUCUCAUCGGAGAGUUGCCCUAGAGAAAAGGAAAACUAGUAAAACACAGACAGAGAUUGAGAGUGAAAAUGGACCUACCAUCUUGGACCCUCCAGGAACUGUGUCACCAGAGGCCGACUGUUUGGGGCCAGGAACUGUGCCAGCAGAGCGUAACCUGACGCCCGAGACUCUCGCUGCCUGGACGGAGGAGCCUGGCUUCGACAACCCUGCCUUUGAGGAGGGCACUGCAGCUGAUACUGUACAACAGCCAUUACCAGAAGGAGAAAUCACCACAAUUGAAAUCCACCGGUCUAACCCCUAUAUUCAGUUAGGAAUUAGCAUUGUGGGUGGCAAUGAAACACCACUGAUUAACAUUGUCAUCCAGGAAGUGUACCGAGAUGGAGUGAUCGCCAGAGAUGGAAGACUGCUCGCUGGAGACCAGAUCCUUCAGGUCAACAGCUUUGAUAUCAGUAACGUGUCACAUAACUACGCCAGAGCUGUGCUGUCCCAGCCCUGCAGCGCACUGCACCUCACGGUGCUUCGGGAGCGACGCUUUGGCACCCGCGCCUCUGGCCACUCAGACAGUAGCUCCCCCCGGGAGGAGCUCUUCCACGUGAUUCUCCUGAAGCGGGACUCCAGUGAGCAGCUGGGCAUUAAAUUAGUGCGAAGGACGGACGAGCCCGGGGUCUUUAUCCUCGACCUGCUGGAAGGGGGCCUGGCUGCCCAGGAUGGACGGCUCAGCAGCAACGACAGAGUGCUUGCCAUCAACGGGCACGACCUAAAGCAUGGGACGCCGGAGCUCGCCGCCCAGAUCAUCCAGGCGAGUGGGGAGAGAGUGAACUUGACAGUUGCCAGGCCAGGAAAGCCACAGCCUUUUAACACAACCCGGGAUCGAGAGGCGGGGACUCCGAGCAUCAGCAGCCAGCAGCACUCUCAACAGCUGUAUCCUGUUAGACCCAGCUCACAUAAGGAUCUUACCCAGUGUGUUACAUGCCAAGAAAAACACAUUACUGUAAAGAAGGAGCCCCAUGAGUCCCUUGGAAUGACGGUAGCUGGGGGCCGAGGCAGUAAGAGUGGUGAGCUGCCCAUCUUUGUGACCAGCGUGCCCCCGCAUGGCUGUCUUGCACGAGAUGGCCGAAUCAAGCGCGGUGAUGUGUUGCUGAAUAUCAAUGGCAUUGACUUGACCAACUUGAGUCACAGCGAGGCUGUUGCAAUGCUGAAGGCCAGCGCCGCCUCCCCAGCAGUUGUUCUCAAAGCCCUGGAGGUCCAGGUCGUUGAGGAGCCCGCACAGACCCCUGGGGAGCAGCCCAGCACCUUCAGUGAGAACGAGUACGACGCCAGCUGGUCCCCGUCCUGGGUCAUGUGGCUCGGGCUUCCAAGUGCCCUUCAUAGCUGCCAUGAUAUAGUCUUACGAAGAAGCCACCUGGGAAGCUGGGGUUUUAGUAUUGUUGGUGGAUAUGAGGAGAAUCACACCAAUCAGCCUUUCUUCAUUAAGACGAUUGUCCUGGGAACACCUGCUUACUAUGACGGAAGACUGAAGUGUGGAGACAUGAUUGUAGCCGUGAAUGGCCUGUCGACAGUGGGCAUGAGCCACUCAGCACUGGUACCCAUGCUGAAAGAGCAGAGGAACAAAGUCACACUAACAGUUAUCUGUUGGCCUGGAAGCCUCGUAUAG